CGCCCCAGUGGCCUAAUGGAUAAGGCACUGGCCUCCUAAGCCAGGGAUUGUGGGUUCGAGUCCCAUCUGGGUUUCUGCGGUGCAUGUGACUGAAGAUCGACACAGACAUGAAGAACAGCAGCAUUUGCGCGUUCAUUCUUGCUUGUUUUGUUGCAGCAGCGAGAAGCGACAAGCUGCUGAAUGCCACGGCGUACUGGGACUCGACCCACAAGGCCGUUCUGCUGAAGGAGGGUGUUCUGGACACGCAGGGCGAUGCGUACGGCUACUAUAAUGACACGCUGUCGUCCACGGGAUGGGGCGUGCUGGAGAUCCGUGCCGGCUACGGUCAGACGGAGGAGACAGACGACGUCACCAUGUUCCUGGCGGGGUAUCUGGAGGGUUUCCUCACCGCGCCGCAGAUUUUCGAUCAUUACACCAACAUGUAUCCGCAGCUGAUCACGAAACCUGAAACACUGGUGGCUGUGAAGGACUUCAUGUCGAAGCAGGACGACUGGUCUCGGGGUCAGGUGAAGCGUAACACCUCUGAUCCUCUGUGGAUCCACACGGGGCUGAUUCUGGCACAGCUGGACGGUCUGCAGGCCGGAGUCACCGACUGGGCCAAACAACACGGCAGGAAGCCUCUGUCCCAGUUUGACGUCCAGUUCCUGAAUGCCAUCGGUGAUCUGCUGGACCUGAUCCCGGCGCUGGUUCCCAGUGAGACGUCCAGUAUGAAGCCGUAUAAAGCUCCUCCCAUGGGCCACUGCUCUGCGCUCAUAAAGAUGUUGCCUGGCUUUGAGAACCUGUUGUUCGCUCACUCCAGCUGGUACACGUACGCCGCCACCAUGCGCAUCUACAAACACUGGGACUUCAGACUGAGAGAGCCACACACGGCCACCGGAAGACUGUCCUUCAGCAGCUACCCUGGGUUCCUGAUGUCUCUGGAUGAUUUCUAUCUGCUGGGCAGUGGUCUGAUGAUGACUCAGACCACCAAUAACGUCUUCAACACCUCGCUGUUCUCCUACAUGACUCCUGCCAGCCUGUUCUCCUGGCAGAGGGUUCGACUGGCACACGCACUGGCAAACACUGGGGAGCAGUGGGCCAAAACCUUCUCCAGAUACAACUCUGGGACGUAUAAUAACCAGUACAUGGUGGUGGACCGGAGUAAAGUGAUUCUGGGCAGCAGUCUGGAGGACGGAGCGCUGACGGUGGUGGAGCAGAUCCCAGGACUGGUGGAGUAUUCGGACCAGACGCAGACGCUGCGCAGAGGUUACUGGCCGUCUUACAACGUGCCGUUCCACCGUAAGAUCUACGAUCUGAGCGGCUACGAGCAGAUGUGGAAGAAGCACGGCGAGGAUUUCUCCUACGACCUCUGCCCUCGAGCCAAGAUCUUCCGUCGUGACCAGUCAUCCGUCAGCGACCUGAACUCCCUCAAACACAUCAUGAGAUACAACGAUUAUAAGAGUGACCCGUACUCGAAGGGUAACCCGUGUAAGUCCAUCUGCUGUCGUAAUGACCUGCAGGAGCAAAGAGCCAGUCCUGGAGGAUGUUACGACACCAAGGUCACAGAUCUGCACAUGGCUCAGGGUUUCGUAGCAGAGGCGGUGAACGGACCGACCACAGAUGGAGGGCUCCCCGUCUUCUCCUGGGAGGCGUUCAACAGCACGUCCCAUCAGGGCCUUCCUCCGAUAUACAACUUCAGCUUCGUCCUGAUGCAGCCGCAGCUCUUCCGCCCCUGAGGAUCAUGGGAUUUCACAAUCUAGCCUGCUUCUGAACUGAUUCUCUGUUAGAAAUCUGCACUAAAACCAAUCUGAACCCUUGAAUCUGUUGAAUCACAUUUUUUUUUUAGCCUUAAAAUCAGCGCUAAACUCUACAGCUGCCAUCUGACAAUCAGUCCAGGACUGUUCACGUCUCUUUUUAUUGAUUUAUGGAUUGAGUAAAUCAUAAUGUUUUAGUACACAAAAGGUUAAAAAAAAAAUUAGUUGGUAAAUUAUUGGCAUACAUGAAAAAAUAACAAAAACUUGAAAUUAUGAGGUAAUGUCAAAAUGAAGAUGUACUAAGUCAAUAAUGACAUAAGAAGGCAUAAUUAUGUGGUAAAACCUUGACAUUUUGAAAGAAUAAUUUGAAAUUGACGUACCAGGUCAAAAUUUACACACUAAGUCACACUUUUCAGGAAAACAAUGACAUACUAAGUUGAAAUUGAAAUAGUAUUCAAUAUUCAUUUGUCUUUUUAACCACAUAAAUAUGACUUUUCUUUUCCUUCCACUCUUCACCUCAUGAAUGUUACUAUGGGUGUCCAUAAAUUACUGCCACACAGAGCAUGUUUAAAGUGCUCCUAUUAUGGAUUUUGGAAAAUUACCUUUCAUGCAUUGUCUAACACAGCUCUAAAUGAAUGAAAACAUCCUGCAAGGUUUUCAAUUUGAAAGUGCAUUAUGUAUUAAGUUAUUAUCUUUCAAAAGAAAGAGUCAGUUUAGCAUAUUGCCUGCCCACUUGUUGGUCUGAAUGAAAAUACAACAAUUUUUUUUUUAUAUAUAUAUAUACACUCUGUGCAGUGCACAAAGCAGCACUGUGCUCACAAACACUGCUUUAUCAGCCAUUACAUGCAUUAUGCAAUGAAACCUGGACCAAUUGUUUGGAGGUCGUUACGCAAAUGGGGUAAAAAUAAAUGCAUUAUAAGGAAAUGUAAGUAUUUUUUGACCUUGCAUGCAUGUCAAUCUGUACGGGGACUCCCAAAACCAAAAUAUGAACCUUUCAUUACCCAUAAUGGGAGCACUGUAAAACGGGGGCGUCAGUAUCAUCGUAAUUUUGUAAAUCUAGUAAAAGAUGUAAAUGGACACAACACAAACAGAAAACCAAAGUUUGUAAUGUAAAUGUCAGUGGCAGGAAUGUCUUGUUGAACGAGUCCAUCGCUGUGAUGUUUCUUAGCUGUAUUUACAGAUUUCUUCUCUCAGGGAAGGUGACUCAAAAGUGCCUUUGUUAUUAUUCGAAUGUCUUUUACCUUCACUUUUGAAUAUCUGUUAUCAUUGCUGUCAAUCAUGAGGUUUGUAAUCUGUGGCAUGUGAUUUUUUUGUAAUUUUUUUUUCUCUUUGAUUCAACCAAUGAAUGAACAAGCCUCA